AUGUCACAUCAUCAUAGAACAUUAAUAGACUCAUCUUCGUCAUCAUCUUCUACUGCUUCUGCUAUUGGAAGUUUGCCUUCUUUAUCAACACUAUUGCGAAAUUCGCAAACUUGUCACAACAACAAUCCCAUUGAUAAUAAUAGCAACAUUAUUAAAGAUGGAAUCCGUUUGCCAUCGAUAAAAUGCAUAGAUGAUAUUGAUGACAAUUACAAUAUCCACAAUAAUCAUCAUUUACAACGAUCCCCUCCACUUCAAUUCCAAAAUUCUCCACCAAUAAAAUCAAAAAAAAUAAAAAAUUUGGAAUUACCAAUUUCAGAUCCUCAUCCUCCUUCUGAUUGGUCAUCAACCAAUCAAAAUAAACCUUAUCGACGACAUUCCUCAUCGCGAUCAGCUAAUAGCAGCUGUAGCAGCAUUAAUGGCAAUAAUGGAUUUGCAGAAUAUCAUCAAAACUCGGAUAUAAAAAUAUCGUCAACUUCAUCGACACAACAAACACAACAACAAAAAAUAAUUCCUUUUGCGAUAGACAUGAAUAAGGUGACGGAACAUUGUCACUUUAUUGGCCAACAUGCAAGCCUAUUUGUGGAAUUCUGUCGAAAUAAAAAAUUCCACGAUGAUGGCCCUGGUGCUAUCGCUGAUGGAGAUAAAAAAACCGUAAAACUUGAACAAUUUUCUUGGACGACAUCAUCGCCAACGACAGCAACUUCGACCGCUUCUAACGAUAUUCCGCUGAACAGCGAACAGCAGCUGGUCGAGAUGGUGAAUAAGACAUAUGAUAUGCUGAAUAUCCUAAAUAGGGUUAAGCACUAUCUACAAAAACCGAUUAUAUCGUCUGAUCAGGAGACGAUAAACAUGAUCAGGAAAAAAAGAACCACAACCGGUUCUUCUGCGGCACGUACAAAAUAUCGAAAAAGAAAUAAACGUGCUGCUCCUCCUGGUAGAUGUCAUUCGUGCAAUAUCUCUGAAACGCCGGAAUGGCGUAGGGGUCCUGAUGGAGCAAGAACUUUGUGUAAUGCCUGUGGAUUGCCAACUAAUCAUCACAUUUAUGUUGGUGAUAACAAUAAUAACAACAUACAAUAUCACAGUCCACCUCCACCCCCUCAUCAACUUCCUCAGCCACAUUCUUUAUCACCACCCCCUCAUUCAUAUAUGUAG